GAAUCGUACAUAUAAUUCAGUUCCUUUGUGGCCGCGGUUGAGUCGAGUCGACGGUUCGCUUUCCACCCUCGGUAAUCCGUCUUGAUCCGGUUGCGCACGGGAACCCCUUUCUUGUUGGAUUUGUUUCAUCUUGGAGUUCUUCGAGGAUCAAGGAUAUUUGGCCUGGUUGCCAGUUUGAUUGCUGUUGCUGCUGUUGCUGUGUGUGUGUUUGUGUAAUUCUAGUUCAGCCCUUCAGCGCUCAUCACGUGGAUCGUCUCAAUUGAUCACCUGCCAACCUGGGUGUAGGGAGAGAGUGAGUGGAAAUCAAGUGAAUAAGAAGAGCACUAUGGGGGUGGACGGGAGUGAUAAAACGGCCAAGGCCAGUGCCGAAGAGAUGGGAACUAACACGGUGGACACCGAAGAGCUGACCAAGUGGGGCAAGUUUUGUCUCCGGCAUGGAAUCAACCCGAACCUUAUUAUGCUGAAGAUUACGCUGUUCGUCAUGUAUGGAGCUACAUCAUCGCUGCUGCCUUAUUUAACCAUUCACAUGCAGAGCACCGGGCUGACAGUGGAGGAAAUUGCAAUCAUCUACCUGGCUUUGCCGUUCACGACCUUUCUGAGCCCACCGAUCACCGGAUUCCUGGUGGACAAGUUCGGCCGCUACAAACCGGUGGUGAUUAUGAGCUUGCUGCUAAAUGCAUUAUUUCACCACUCGUUGAUGCUGAUCCCGCAGCAGGAAAUCCCCGGCAAGCUGCCGGAAGCGUACGUAAUGAGACAUCCGGAGACGGGAAAUGUCGAGGUCUGGUGGUCACCGUGUCCGAGCCGCGAGUGCCCAGACAGCGAAGAGAUCGACGUCGUGGUGGACCAGUGCCUGGACCACUGUCUGUUGCACGAGCAGAACCCGAAAAUCGAGGUCGUGCCGCCGCCGACCUUUGCGCCCAUUUUGCCCCCCUCGGACGUCGGCGAGAAGGACGACCUGCAGCUGCUGAUUAACAAGCCGAUCAACAGGAAGAACCGCACCGGCGGGGACGUACUUAAUAGCUAUAGUUCUAGCACGACGGAGCCGUACAUAGACAAACAAAUACUUAACCAGGAGCCAGACUCGGAAGAGAGCGAGGAGAGUUGGGUCAUAGCGGGGAGUGGCGACUCGGCGUUCUUCGUGCUGGACAUGCACCCGGAUCUGGGCGAACCGAUCGAGCAGCUCGGAAUGGAGGUGGACCACGAUGACAACGAGACGGUGACGGAUUUCAAAACCCGAUUCGGCAUUCAGCUGCUGUGGAAGCAAGGCGUCAACGUGACCGCUCUGGAGGAGGAAGAUCUCCGCUGUGGCGGGUUGGUACUGUCUUCGAACAUGUCGCUGAACAUCAACCAACGGCUGAGCGAACUGGCGGCGGAUUGUAUGGUUCAGCGGUGUCGGUUCCGGAAGAAUGGUCCCGAUAUAUGCCCUCCAGACUACAAGGAAAGCGACGACAAAAUCUUCUGGAUCUACUUUGGGCUCCGAUUUUUGGCCACUACGAUGUUGUCCGCGGGAGUGACCAUCAUGGACCCGAUCGCAUUGACCAUGAUCGAAAAGUACGGCGGGGACUUUGGUCGCGAGCGACUUUUCUCCAGCAUUGGAAUGGCCAUCUUUUCACCUAUCACGGGCAUCCUGAUUGAUUUGUUCUCGCAAGAUCUUGGCUACACGGACUACUCGGCCGCGUUCUACACGUACGACAUUUUGCUGGUCAUUUCGUCUAUUUCGGUGUUCAUGAUGCCCCUGGGAGAGAAAUUGCCGGCCGAUAAUGUGUUCAAAGAUUUGCUCAAUCUGCUCAAGCUGAAGCACGUCAUCAUCUUCAUCUGGUUCCUGUUUUUGCUCGGCAACUUCUGGGGAUUCAUCGAGAGCUUCCUGUUUCUGUACCUCAAGGAGCUGGGUGCACCCAAUUAUUUGCUUGGCAUCACCAUCACGGUCGGAACGGUCAGCAGCAUUCCGUUCCUAUACGGCGCCGGUCGCAUCACCAAGGUCGUGGGCCACGUUAAUUUGAUUGUUAUUGCGUUCAUCGCGCACGCCUGUCGACUGGUGGGAUAUUCGCUGAUUGAAAACGCCUGGUGGUGCUUCCCGUUCGAGGCCAUGGAAGCGCUGUCCUGUCACCUGAUGUGGGUCGCGGCGGCCACCUACUGUGCGCUGUUGGCCCCGAAGAACCUGCUGGCAACACUGAUCGGAGUGCUGGGCAUGGCGCACUUUAGCUUGGGCCGCGGCAGUGGCUCCUUCUUCGGUGGGUUCCUGAUCGGUGAGGUGGGCACCCGCGAGGCGUUCCGCUACAUGGGACUGGUGGCGGUAGCCGGCGGGCUGGCGUACAAGUUCAUUCACGCCAUUUGGCUGAGAAAGUACGACAAUCCGGACGCCGACGAUGACGUGCUGGAGAGUGGCGAGGCGGAAAAGCUGACCGAGACGAAGGAGGCCGACGAACCCAAAACCAAGGACCAGGGCACCUCGAUGUCCCAGGAGCGGCUGUCGCUGAUGAUCAAGUACAACCAAAUUGGCUCGCUAACGUCGCUGCCACGUGGCUCACGGGGCGAUGUCAACGAUUCGCUGUCUAGAAGGCGCAGCAGCUACAACAUCGAGAUCGUUCGUGCUCCCAAGGGUGGUGGAAGUGCUUCAAAGGUUGAUCUGCUCAAGUCCGCCCUCGAAAUCAACCACAAAGUGUCCAACACGCACCUCCGCAAGGACGGCAAGAACUCGGACCAGUCGCUCGACUCCAAACGGUCGGACAGUGCGCCCCGGUUGAAUCCGCUGAAGAACAUCUCCCAGCCGGCGCUCAGCGCUGUGGCAGAUGAGGUUGGAAUCCCGUCGGUUCUGAGCCGCCACCGGAAGAAGCACCACCAGAGUGGUAUCUUGGUAAUCAAGGCCACCAGCCACGACGGUGACCUAGAUCUGAGAAACUACCUUAGGGAAACGGACCCCCGGGAAUCGAUUACGGAGGCGGAGCUGGACCACUACAAGGCCGAACUGGCGAAGCAGGCCCGCAUCCACGUGCUGAACGACAUUCCGGAACGUCCGGUGGAUCCGGCCGAUAUGGUCGGGGUGGGAACGACUGCCUCUGCUGCUGUGACUUCGACGCCGGUGAUUGCCCCAAGUGUCGAAAGUAAAACAGAGAACCAAACCGUUAAGGGUGAAACCUGAUAGAGGGCCCCGUGGCGGUUGUUGCGACCGGUUAAGGGGGUACCUGCACUUUGUCUAUGGGUUGAAAUUGAUUUUACUUUUUCCCUUUUUGUUAGAUCUUGUUUUAUCACUAAUUUAGUAUUUGUUAACGUAGUUUGAAAUAUAAGCAAUUAUGAUGAA